AUGUUUCCUCAAAUGAAAUUCCGCGUUUCGGGCCUGGAUGCCAAGGCGAAAUAUAUUUUGCUCUUGGAUAUCGUCGCCGCGGACGAUUACCGUUAUAAAUUUCAUAAUAGCCGCUGGAUGAUCGCCGGCAAAGCGGAUCCAGAAAUGCCAAAACGCAUGUACAUCCACCCCGACUCGCCCACAACCGGCGAACAGUGGAUGCAGAAGGUCGUCUCAUUUCACAAAUUAAAAUUGACCAACAAUAUUAGUGAUAAACAUGGAUUUGUAAGUACUGUACGUCUUCUCUGUUUACCGAAAAUUUCAUGA